AUGGCAUCAAAGGAGUCGCGACUAGAGAGCUGGUGUAGAGCGGCAUUUGAUAUUAUUCAGAAAAUCUCAAAAGAAACGGAAGAAAAUAUUAAUAAGCAAGAAGAAGAUAAUUUUGACAUCAAUACUGAGCUUAUUCAGGAAGAAGAGAAUCUACGACAAUCUUGUAACAGCAUCGAGAAGCUUUUACGUUUCAUUUACCAAAAGUAUCCACUGCCUCAAUACAGAGAGAAAAGCUAUCAGUUACCGAAAGUUAUUACCAUCUCUCAGGAAAAGCGAUUGUUGAAUAAGGCUCUAGUACAUUAUCAUCCAGAUCGCAAUUCUAGGCGCGAAUACGGUUUAAGAUGGUAUAAACAGUGCGAAAUGAUAACAAGAUGUAUCAAUGAGUGUAAGAAGAAAGCUGCUAUCGCUAAUUGGGCUACGUUUGAGAAUAUUCAGAGAAAAGUAUAUAAGGUGUACAAAUCUGAGCGUAAAGAGGAGAAAAGAUUUGAUAUCUAA